AUCAAUCAUCAAUUGAAGUAUCAAUCAUCACAUUAAAUAAGGAAAUUCAUGUGGCAACUGGGAAACUGUAAAUGUCAAGGUUUUCCACACAUAGAAUGAUAAUGGAGUCUUGCAUGUCAGUAUACUGACUAAUUUGCAUCCUGAUGGUGGACACUGUCAUUGGUGCUUCUGACCAAAUGGUGAUAAUGAGAUGAUUAUGGAAAUGACAGUGGCAACCAAAUAUGCUGAAUCGAUUGAACUUUCCACACCUUCCCCUCUCUCUCCUUCAACACCAUUUCCUUCAAUCCACAAUGUCAGUACUGCUCCGUCACAAAAUGAAAACCACCCAAUGGUACUACCGCCACCAGCACCACCACCACCACCAGUACUACCACCACCACUGCCACCACCAUCAUCACCAUUUCAGUCACCAUCUUCUCCAAGUCUUCAGAAAUCCAAAUUCAAAAAAGUGAACUGGAUCACUAUUCCAAAAGACAGGAUCUUGGGAAAAGACAACAUCUGGACAACGGACAAGUAUGAUGAUGAUUUUCAGCUAGACAUUUUAAUCAUGGAGAAGUUAUUCGAACAGGUGGAGAAAGUUUCAGGCCAUGAGCGAAAGCACUGGAGAAGAUUUAAACACAAUUGCCAAGAUUCCACUGGUGAAAGAAUAUCUCUCCUGGAUUCUAGACGAAGCAUGAAUGUGGGAAUAUUUCUUAAACAGUUUAAAAGAUCGGCGUGGGAAAUUGUAGAAGAUAUCAAACAAGGAACUGCUGAAGGGUAUGGUGCUGAAGAAUUGAAUAAGUUGCUGAAACUACUGCCAGAAACUGAAGAGGUAAAGCGCCUAAAAAGGUUUGAAGGAGACCAGAGUAAACUGUCUGAGGCAGAUCUCUUUAUGCUGCUCCUGGUGAAAGUUCCAAGUUAUUGCUUGCAUUUGGAAGCUAUGAUUCUUAAGGACGAAUUUGAACCACAAAUAAAAUCGCUUAUGACAUCUGUUUGUACAAUGAUAAAGGCUGCACAUGAACUACGGAACUGUGAUGAGCUGCAUGCUAUCUUGAGACUGGUGUUGAAAGCUGGAAACCACAUGAAUGCAGGAGGAUAUUCAGGAAAUGCUGCAGGAUUUCGGAUUGCAUCACUAUUGAAGCUUGCUGACAUUAAAGCAAACAAACCUGGUGUGAACUUAAUACACUUUGUAGCAAUGGAAGCAGAAAAAAGGGACAAGAAGCUUCUUUCUUUCCCAGAUAAACUAGAACACAUUGGAGCAGCUGCCAGGUUAUCCGAAGAUGGUAUAAUGGAGGAACUAAAUAAGCUGUCAAAAAGAGUUGCCUCUCUGCAGACAGAUUUAAAUGAAGAUCCAGAGCUUGAAGCACAGUUGGCUCCCUUUUUACAGACUGCAAAGGAAAAACUGAAAGAAAUAUGGAAAACAAUGGAAUUCUUCCAGAGAAUGAGACAGUCCUUGGUAGAAUAUUUCUGUGAGGAUGAAAAGCUUAAGCUGGAAGAAUAUUGCACUGUUCUCAAAAGUUUCUGUGAAAAAUUCCUCAAAGCAAUUCAGGAGAAUGCAACUCGGGAAAUUGAGGAACGGAAGAGGCAACAAAGAGAGAAGGAAAUGGUAGAGAAGCGGCAUUCGGUAGCUACUUGUUCCUCUAUCGAAAUCGAACUUGGUCAAGAUGAUCUAGAGAUAUCACUUGCUAGAAAACUACAAAGUUACAGCAUGAAGCGAUGGGAGCGCAGAUCUUUUAAGCCUAACUCUCUCUCUCAAGAACAUUGCGCAGAGAAAACAUACCCUUCAGAGGUAGAACGAGACUGUGAUACAAAUGAUUUAAAUAGUGACUUCAGUGAAAAGGAACAGGCAAAUCUCAUGCGAAAUGUGUCCGAAAAGGUUCUGAAGCAACAGCUGGGUCACUGUAUUAUGCAGGUAGGAUAUCCCAUUCUAAAAGAAGGGGUAAAUAUUCUCAACCAGGAAGCUGAGACUAUCAAAGAAACAGCAAAACCCACACAAUUACUUGAAAAAUCCCAACAAAGUCUUCCACUUAUCAAAGAAUAUCCAAAAUUGAUUCAUACAGCUGAAUGCAGAACUCCAAACAAAAGCCUAAAGUCCUCUGAAAAUUUUCCAUUGAAGAAAUCACAUCCUAGUCACUGCUCAAAAUGGAAGAGAGAGGAGCAAAGGGGGGAACAAAAUGCAGCUUCAAAGAGGAAACAAUUUAACCAAUCUUCUCCAACUUCUAAAAAGACUUUUGGUGUUGGAGAGACCAGAGUUGAUCAGAAGAAUCAAUUUGCCAAGAAACCUACUGUGGAGUUAAGCAAAGUUGAAAGCAGGAACUUAAUUACUAACAGAAAAAGCAAAAUAAGCAGCAUCUCUUCAAAGAUCCAGCCAAUUCAACCUCUGAAAGGCCAGAGAACAGCACCAUCUUUACAUAAAGCACAUACAUCUGAGAAACCUCUCUCUCCCUCACCAACUUUAAUACAUAGGAAUUUGCUAAGUCCAGUAAAAAGGAAAUCUAUCACAUCAGGUAUUAAACAAAUAGCUAAAGUAAAGGAGAUAAAAGAGACUCCCAUGGUACCUGAACAGGCAACAAAAGCUGGCAGAAAAUCUAUCCAAAAUCAAAAACUGAAGUGCAGCUCAUCUCAGUCAACAUUUACUAUAACGUCUACAGUCAGCAGCCCCAAGAGUUUAAGCAAAUCAGACAUGGUGACAUCAGGCUCCAGGAUUCCUUAUGCCAAACAAUCUCUGCAACAAAAAAAGCUAAACCCUGGGACAGACACUAUGGUAAAGCACCAAACUGAUUCCCUCAUAAGCAAAGGUGUGAGUCAACGCUCCAGGUCUCUAAAACUGAACAGACAACCAGUGUGGCGAUGAUACUAGCAGGCAACUUGUUUGGCAAUAAUAUUCUACAGUGUUGAGACCCAAUGGAUACGCAGGUUCUUCUAAUCAGUCCAAUUAUCUGGAAUAACAUUUUCUGCCAAAAUAUUUUUACUGGAUAUAAAGGAUAUUUGUGAUGUUUGUCACGAGAUUUUGUGCAAUGUUGUUUGUAACUAGAUUUAAUGAAGAAAAGAAAUAAAAUAAAAGCGAGUCAUUAAAAUGAUAUGUUAUUCAAAAGAACACAAAAAAAGGAAAGGUCUUUUUUAG